UGCGGCAGAGAGGAGCAGAGAGGUGCGGCGGAGAGGAGCGGCAGAGAGGUGAGGAGAGCGGCGAGGAGCGGCAGAGAGGAUCGCCAGAGCGGCAGAGAGUUCGCAGCGUCGUCGCGGUGGGUGUGAGUCAGAGGAGCCGUGUGGGCGGAGCUAAAGUAAGAUGGCUGCGGGAGAGAGGAGAGUGUUUGAGAAAUCAUCAAAUGGGAUGUUUAUCUGUCGCUAACAGGAUGCACGGCGGUCAGAAUGAAGGAGUGGUUAAUCUUCUAGCUUCCCCGGCACGGUGUGGUGUAGCCUGCCUGUUGUCUUCAGGUGUUCUGCCUGCCGCUCGAGCGUUUAUUGCUCUGACAUUGUGGAAUUCAGUAGCGGUUAGCCGUUAGCAGCACAGCAACGCUAACUCACUAGCAACCCGUUAGCAGGGAUCCGUGGAAAUCUACACCUUUUAAUAACUGUUGAGAGUUUUAAAACAACAAAGCACAGAGUGCCCGUCCUGACUGGCUAUGGAGUGGUGUUGGCUUCAGACCGGAUGACAGGGUCUACAGGGAGGACAGGGUCGCUCAGAUUCUGAAGCAACAGCAAGCUUUCCGUAGACGUACACUGACUAGAAGUGACAGCCGACUGCAGCCGACCUCCUCCUCCUCUCUUUUUAUAUACUCUUUCCCUUCCCCCCUCUCCCCCCUUCUUAUCCCCGCUCUCUUCUUACCCACAUCACCUUUUCCUUCUCUGCCCUCCUUCCCUCCUCUGCUUUUCUAUAGUUUCUUUCCCCCUGGACCUUUUUUACUGGUACUUUCUUUGUCACCUGCCUGCCUCUGACUGGCUCCAGUAUGAGCUGGCUGAGCAGGUUGAACCCGCGGGCAACCGGGAGUCGGUCUGGCAGGAGCGCCGCCCCCUCCAGCCCGUGCACAGCAGACCCGGAGACUUGCCUCAUGGUGUUUGAGAACCACUGGAGACAGGUUUCUUGGGUGCUGGAGCAGCACGAGCCGUCGUCCUCCAGCGACGACCUGACGGCGGUGAGGAAUCACACCGACCAGAUGUUGUGUCUGCUGGCAGAGGAGCGUCCCGCUGAGAGCUCAGACGGCGGAACCACAGUGCUACCCAUGGGCCCCAUCCUGGAGCUGGUGGUCACCGAGAAUAUCCUGGAACACCUGGUUCAGUGGCACCUCCGACGAGGCCUGGACCCGGACAGCCAGGGGGCGCUGCUCAAGCUGUAUGAGAUGCUCAUCGGCCAGUCCCAGCAGCCUUUGCUGCAGCACACAGCGGUCCUCCAUCCUCUGCUGAGGCUGCUGGGAGCUUGUGCUGAUCCAGAGCUUGGUUGUCCUUCAGGCCUGGAGAACAGUCUGGUCCUGCUGCUCAAUCAGAUCUGCGUGUCCAUGGCCCGGCAGCCCGUCGUUCUGGAGAUGUUGUUCCGUGCGGCACCGGCUCAGCAGGGCUCCACCAACCUGCUGAUCUUCUCCCUCCUCGUGCCGUUCAUCCACCGGGACGGAGCCAUCGGGCAGCAGGCCAGAGACGCGCUGCUGCUGGUCAUGGCCACCUCGGCCAGCAACGAGUCCGUGGCCCGUUACAUCGCUGAGAACUCGUACUUCUGCCCGGUCUUGGCGACGGGCCUCAGCGCUCUCUACUCCUCUCUGCCGAGGAAGAUAGAAGUCAGGGGAGACGACUGGCAUGCACUGCGGCGGGAGGACUGGAUGGGCGUAUCGUCCCUCGUACUGUUCAUGAACUCGCUGGAGUUCUGUAACGCUGUGGUGCAGGUGGCUCAUCCUUUGGUGCAAUCGCAGCUCCUGGACUACCUCCACAACGGCUUCCUCGUUCCGGUCAUGGGCCCUGCACUGCACAAGUCAUCAGUGGAUGAGAUGAUCGCCAGCACCGCCUACCUUGACCUUUUCCUGCGCAGCGUGUCAGAGACCUCCCUCCUCAAAACCUUCCUGCGCUUCAUCCUGCUGCACCGCCACGACAACGACACCAUCCUGGACACGCUGCUCACGCGCAUCAGCAGCAACUCAAGGCUCUGCAUGGUAUCACUCAGCCUCUUCAGGACUCUUCUCUCCCUGAACUGUGAAGACAUCAUGCUGCAGCUUGUUCUCAGGUAUCUACUGCCCUGCACCCAUGUGAUGCUGAGUCAGCGUCGCGCUAUCAGGGAGACCGACAUGUACGGAAAGUCAGCAGAUAAGUUCCUGUCCCUGAUCCCGGAGUGCUGCCGGUUCAAUGCAGCGUCCUCUGCUGAGCGGGAAGAGGAUAAUCCAUUCUGGGGUAAAGUACUGAGCAGUCCCAGCACGGAGUCUCCAACCCCUUCCAGACCCAGCACCCCGUCCCGCUUAGUCUUCUUCAUCCGCCAACCAAGCAUCGGAGGUGGAUUAGGAGGAGGUGGUCCCUCCACCCCGACCAGCAUGGAGGCCAUGCAGUCCGGUCCUCCUGGCUCCCACCCUCUCUCCCCUGAAAGCCCGAUGCACCCUCAGCUCCCUCACACAGAGAGUCUAGAUUGGGAUUCAGGCUACCUGGAGUACCUCAAAGACGCCCGACGGGGCAUUGAGUUUUGCUCCUGGGCCUGCCGUGACUGGUCGGCGCCUUAUGAUGGAGAGAACCCCUCCCCGAACACAGUCCCUCCACCACCACCUCCCCCUACCUCUAACCCCUCCAUGGCCAUGUUCCCUGAGCACUUUUCCUUCCAGCAGGGAGGAAGCAGCGGCACCCCUCCAGGCCAGCAGAGGGCGGCCAUAGUGGCCGCAGCACGAUCAGAGUGGAGCAGCUCGGAGCGGGACAGUGGGGAGUGGGACGUCACGAUCGGCAAAAACAACUGCAUCAGCCUCACGCCGCGCUCCAAGAAACGCAGCCUGCAGAGAGAGGAGCUUCUGCCAAAGCCCGUACCUCGCCUCAUACCCUCCUCUUCAUCUUCAGCUGCCCCUUUAUCCACCUCCUACACCGCCUCGCCCCCUGCUCCUCACAUUCCAACGUCUGCCAUCACUGUUAGCUACCAGGCUAUGUAUAACGGGACAAUGAGUGGAGAUGGCUGCUCAGACAAUCAGGACAGAGGACUGGAGGUGAAGAAAGUGAAGAGAGACUUGGGGGAGCAGCAGUAUUUGGAUGAAAAUGCAAAUCAAAACGGAUCCCUGGUCACGUGUCCCUCCCAAAGCUGCUCCGCUCUCACUCAGUCCAUUUUUAACAACAGUGACAUAAGUGAUGCUAAAUCGCUUUGCGCUAACCAGCUCGCCUCUCAGAGCUCUGUCACUCAGCAACCGUCUGACACCAAACUGCCGACCAGCGACACCUCAUACCCACACAGUGCAUCCUCAGAUCUUCCAGAAGUCAAUCAGUUACAACAGUCUGUAGAGAGCUUGAUCCAGGAGCUGCUGGAGCAGGCGCCGGGAGAACCGCAGCCGCCCGGAGACUCCAACGGUCAGGGCAUCAGCAUCGAGGCCUUCACGCGGGAGCUGAGCGAGCUGGAGGACCGGGUGAAGGAGCGCAGCAGAGCGGCCUGUCAGCAGGAAGAAACUGCCAGAGAGAUGCUGUCGGCUGAGCGGCAGGAGGAGGAACAGCAGCUGGAGGUGAAGCUGACAGGAGACACAAAGGGAGAAGGGGCUAUGGUGGGGCUCUGUAGUCCUGCCAGACCUCUCAAUCAGCCUUCCUCUCAGCCGUACACAGGUCCGUUCAUGGUGGUUCUGUUCACCAAGCUGGAGAACAUGCUCCAGAACUCGCUGUACGUCAACAUCCUGCUGACGGGCAUCGUGGCUCAGCUGGCCUGCUACCCUCAGCCGCUCCUCCGCUCCUUCCUGCUCAACACCAACAUGGUCUUCCAGCCCAGUGUCAAGUCACUGAUCCAGGUUCUUGGUUCUGUGAAGAACCGUAUUGAGGCGUUCGCAGCCUCCCAUGAGGACUUCCCUGCCAUGCUGAAGAAAGCUCAACAAUACCUGGUAGCUCGAGGCAAAGUGGACUGGGCAGACUCGCCUGCAGGAGUUCCAACCCUGCGGCGCUCUGAUUCACUGGUGAAAAGUCGUAAGCCAUCCCUCGGAGACCUGAUCCUCCGUCACACCAACAGCCCCACGCGAGCUCGCCACGCCGCCCAGCUCGCCCUCGCACACGUACGAGACGGCGGCCAAUCGCUGCACAGCGCUCUCUUCAGGGGCAGCGGAGGCAGCGGGGCGUCCGGCCUUGAGAAGCAAGCCGAGGCUCUGCGAGUGAAGAACGCCGUCUACUGUGCCGUCAUCUUCUGCGAGUUCCUCAAGGAGCUGGCUGCGCUGGCUCAAGAGCACGCCGUCAAUCUGCCUUUUCCUCAGAGCCAGGAGGAAUAGACGGUAAACUCCUCCUUGAACGAGCUCCCGGCCUCCAUUUGUCUUUUUGAUUAGGCUCUUAAAGAGCUCUAUAGGACUCCCCGUCACAAGAGGACUGUGGCACUGAGACUUCUGUCACUGUAACGACACAAACAGCUCGAGGGAUAUCGGCAUUUUUGUACCAAAUUGUUACAGUAACCUAUAAAGACUGGAAAGUGUUCCUCAUCUGUAAACUUCUACGAUACUGUGCAUAUCAUGUAUUAUAUUUACAUAUUAUACACAGAGUAUCUCAGUAAAUGCUUGAGAUGUGGGAGCUUGUACAUACACAUACCAUGUCUUGGUAUAAUGUGACACAGUUAAGCCACAGGUGGUAGAAAUAGGUGCACAUACUGGUGCUAGUUGACACUCUUAAUCUUUUAAUUUGAGAGAAAGUGCUCUCAGGCGGCACGGAGGAGAGAAGGAUCUGUCCUCCACAGAAAAAUCUCUUCACCAAAAAGUGUUUAGCAGGAAAACGAUGAAAGCCUCGACCAUUUCUGUUCAACAAGCUUUCACACAGAGCUUUUUUUUGUCCUCCUUCAAGGAUCGGCCAAAAUAGAAAGCUCACAGAAAUGUUCCCGGCGAACUUCUGGAGUGUCCAUUUAGUUCUGAAAAGGCUGCGCUGCUGCAGAGACCUUAGUGAAAACUGGAAACAAAAGUGAGCCAGGGCCACGAUCUCGGUCACUGAUUGGCACAGCCGGGCCGACACAAACUGGAAACUUUAGAUUGUUGUUGCCAUUUUUUAAACAUUUCAUUUUAAGCAUUUUGUUUUUUCGUAUUUGUACCAUUCUGGAGACAUAUCAGCCACAUGUGGGAGCAGGUGUGUGUGUGCGUGUGAGUUUAUUUUAGUGAACGACACCAGGGUGACGCCAGCUCUCCAGGCCAUCAGUAAGCCGCUCACCUGUUGCUAUGAAAGAGACAGCGGGGUUUUGAAAUGGCAGCACUGCUUGUACAAUUCAAACCCUUUGUGUGUCAUUUAGUCUUUUUUUAAAAAGACCCCAGAGUCUGCUCGAGAAAGAGAAAACAGAAAGCUUCUUUUAUUUUCUUCUUUUUCUUCUCGGAAGCAUAGGAACAAUUUCCGUUUUUUUUUUUUGAAAUGACAGUUGAAAAAGACCUCAUGAGGCGUUCACUGACUUCUUUUAAUAGGAUGUUUUGUUUGUGAGCUUAAAGUGAAAGCUCGUAGGAGCGAACUCCAUUUCAACUUUUGUCAUUUGUGUUUUUCGUUAGCUGCGAAAUGUCUCCUCUGAGCGAGACAAGCCAAACUGAACACGCAAGAGUUCAUACUGGAACUUAACAAGCUGCUAUUUAUAACACUAAGUCCCCUUUUGUCAGUAGUGUAACUGCUACCAACUCUUCAUUUGAUUGUUAGGUACCAAGUAUAAAUGUGUGUGAGGAUGAGGAGGAGGAGGAGGAGGAGGAGGAGGAGGAGUCAGUGCCAGUGUUGUGAUCGGGGUUUAAUUUAUUUUCUGGUGUCUGAGGGUUGAGUGAAGUCGCAGCCGCACAGUGUUAAAGCUUUUUGCCAAGUAAAGUACUCCUCAGACACUUUCAGACUUUGAUUGAUUUUAUACAGUAAGAAUCCUCAAUUUUACAAACUGUCAUUUCAUGUUAACUCUCUUGUUUGUUUUUAUGAAACCUCCAGGAAAAUUCAGAGAACAUUAUUAGGAACUAUUAGGAGAAUCAACUCUAUGACUGCAACGCUGAAUCCAUCAGAGUAUAGCCUUGCUUUAGUGAAAUCACUUGAUUUCCUGCACACACCAGCCGAUCUGUCUCCAUUUGGCAGAAGAGGAUCUGCUAAAAGCGCCUGCCAUCCUGCGAAGUCUUAAUCUUUGAAAUUCUUCAUCAAUUCUUGACAUCUUUUCUCACAAAGUCGAGUCUCUCUCGACUUGUCAAAGCCAUAAUCAUGGUCUUUGUGUUUGUAAAUGUAGUACUUCAUUACUGCUGUAAUUCACUUUUCUAUGAGAUUUCUAGACACAUUUUGUAACAUCCUUAUAGGCUGUUUUUUAAAAAGCAUUAGUUAAGAGUUUCUGCAUGCAAAUUUAAGGCCAGGUUUAUAAGAAAAAGGGUAAUAAAUAGUGUAGAGUAAGCUUUCUUUGGUUUAUAGGUGACCUUAAAUCACUCCCAUGCUGUAGGUAUUAGUGAGUCAUCCUCCAGCCUGCAGACGUUUCACACUGAAUGUUUCCUCUCAGCUGAUCAGACCGGUCCAGGAGUCACUUCUGUAUUUUACCCACUGCCAUCAGUCCGUCCAUCUGUUCACCUCGCUCUGCUGUUGUUCAUGUUCAAAACCAGAUAAAUGUUUGCUGUGAGCAGAAGAAGAAAAAGCCAGAGGGUCUCACUCCACUCCAGGUUCCUCACUUAACUCUCGAGAUUGUGCUUUUUUUUUUUUUUUUUUAACGACGCUAUUUUUACAAAGCGUCGAGUUUCUGAGCUGGAUGGUAAACGUUCAGACUCUCACUACUUGUUUUUUUUUUUCCAGUCACCGUGUAACAAAGCAGUUUCAGUUCUUGAUCUGUUUUUCUGUUGCAUUCUCCAACACCAAAGACAAUCUCUCUCUCUGUGACAAUACCUGAAACAUUGAUUGUCUCUGUAAGACACCUCCACAGCUCACAAUAUGAACAAUGUGCAACUAGAUUCAUGCAGCGCUCUCCCAUGCUGACUGUGCUUUCAGAUGAUGAAAAAAAAAAGUGCCAAUGCUGACUAUAAAUCAGAUGCAGUAAGAGUUAGGCGGUCAAACAGGGGGAAAAAACAAACUCACCAAGAUGACUGGUGCCACAGCAGCCAGGGUCUAACCCUGUGAGAAGUAGACCCAUGCUUCAAUGAACCAGAUCUCCUUUAGAGAGGUCUCACAGGACAGGAUGGUUCCUUUGUUUUAAAGCUCCAACAUCCGCUUCAAAAUUUAAUCAUCGGCAUUAUUUAUCCGACUGGAGACAUUUCUGAUUUCAGCUUAAAGACACCCGACCAUUCUUCAUGCAUUCAGCAUUUUUUAAUUACUUCAUUUCUAAGACUGUAAGAGGUGGAUGAGGAGAAGUUAGAAAUAAGCCUCAUAUGAGAGUAAACACUUAGUGAAAUAGAACAGGGAGCCCUGACAGAUAUUAUCAAGCUUACAUUACGACUGUAUGAGAUUAACUUGCACUAGGGAAGUUCAUUUUCCUCAAUCCAUGAAGAAGAAUGAGAGGCAGAGAACAAGAAGGGGGCCCGCCAUCUGCUUAGACAGCAGUAGGGAUUAAACAGGGGGACAACCUGUUCAAACAAACAACAUUGCAGAUGCACGGAUGCAUCGGCGGUAAAAUGCAACAUCAGCCCAUCAGCAAACACUGCGUCUCCAUGUCAGUAGAUGAUGUUUACCUGUAUCUUAUUACAUCUUUAUCCCAUCAUUGUAACGCUAGGAAGCUAGUGCUGAUUCAGAGGAAUAGGUUUUUAUAAGUCAGAAUAAGUCACCUGUUUGACAGACUAGGAUUUUUGUUGAUGCUUAAACUUGACAGGAAGUGUCAGCAGUGAAGGAGUAUAGCACCAUCUCUGAGAAAGAUCUGUUUGUAAGACACAUUCCAGUGAUGUCUUGAGAUGGAGUUUAAAGGAGGGACUAAAAGCAACUAUUUCAAUACAUUGAAUCCCAUAGCUCGUCUGAAAAAACAGGACGAAUUUCAAAGAAGUAAUACCCAAAAAGUGGAUUAAGUCAUCAGCUAAAUAGUUAUUCUAAUCUCUGUGAUCUCUAAUUGUGGAUUAAAUUCCUUUUCUUUGUGAUUUUUGACCACGGAAACUAACACGAGUGGAUGCUUAAGCGAGUGCAGAAUAAUCUGAACUGCAGUUACUUCACUGCCUGUCAGAAGAAAAAAAAGAAGUAACAAGACGAAACCAAAUGAUUGCUCUCCUUUUAAAAACAAGAUGUUAAAUGUCUCUGUAACCAGUAAACACCUCAGAUGUCAGCAGUAGUGGCUUCUGUUUCGUCACCUCAGCUCGACUUAAGCUUGAUGAAAUGUUGAUGUUAACUGACAGAGAAAUGGUGUUUUUGUAAACCCAAAGCUAAGCUUCAAAUUUUGUAUUCACUGUCACAGAUUUAUUUUUUUUCUUUUUGUUUUGUUUGAUUUCUGCCGUCUGUGUUUCAGGCAGACGUACUUGAACGCUACGAGAGAUGUGUCAAACGGGGGGGGGGGAAAAAAAACAGAUUCCUGACAUCCUUUAAAUUUCACCACUCCUCCCGUCAGUCUGAACUCAGAGCAUGUUGUGUUUUGAGUUUCUUUAAGGUGUAACAGAAAGAAAACAGCAUGCCAAAGUGUUCACCUGUCACUUUACUGGGAUUGGAUCAUUUGGGUUUUGAUUGGCUCUUCCACUGCCCGGACACUUUGUGAAGAAUAUGUUGUGUACGCAGGAACACGAUGUGUGCCAAACCAGGCUUCCACUUCAACUUUGCAACACAUUUUACUCACCACGCGAGCACACGGUUCUUUAAUUCUUUAAGUUCUCUGUACAAAAACAACACUUCAGUUGAUUUCAGUUCUUUUGAAGGGAUUUUGUUUUCACGUCUGAUUUCUCGUACACUUAGUGCCAUGUUUGAAAAUGAUUCACGUUGAUUUGUUUUGCUUUAAUCGCAGGAUGUACACGAAAUCUUCUUUCUUUUUCAGCUUUGACUCCCCCACUGACUGAUUUCUCCCCUGUGAUCUAUGCAAAUCAUGCUCUGGUGUCCCCCCUCCCCACUCCCCCCUUGAUAGAGGCUGAAAGAUGAUGUUGACUGAUUUAAUGUGUAAAUACUGUAAAAAAAAAAAAAAAAAAAAAAAAAGUGAUGGGUUGAAAAAAUGCAGAGGUAUGUGAAAUAACCAACAGGACAGAAUGAAAAUCAUGCUAAAAGUAAUGUAAUGAUGAAUGUUGUCAGAAAUAUUUUUCUAUAUUUUGAAAUCAUUACGAAAAAAAGGACAGAAAUACAAAGUGGGAGAAGCUGUAAGAAGAACACUACAAAGGGAAUGUUUUUAUUAAUUUAUAAAUUCUUUGCCUAGCAAUA